CAGAUCCACCAUAGCUCAACCAUUUCAACACACUCACCAAAGCUAAUCUAUUCUUUCUUUCUUUCUCUUCAUUUAUUUUAAUUUCUUGUUUACAUCACCAAAGCUAAAUCUAUUCUUUCUCUGUAAACUACCAAAGCUAAUUUAUUUUCUUUAUAGAAAAAAAAAAUGGUGGCCAUAUCUAAGAUUGCAACUGGUAAUGGUCAUGGUGAAGACUCACCUUAUUUCGAUGGAUGGAAGGCAUAUGAGACCAACCCUUUUCAUCCCAUUGAUAGACCUGAUGGUGUCAUUCAGAUGGGUCUAGCUGAGAAUCAGCUUUGCUUUAACUUUAUAAAAAAGUGGGUCAUGGAACAUCCAGAAGCGUCUCUGUGCAGUGCAGAAGGUGUGAACAAAUUCGAGGAGACGGCUCUGUUCCAAGACUAUCAUGGGAUGCCUGAGUUCAGAGAGGCUGUUGCAAAAUUUAUGGGGAAAGUGAGGGGUGGUCGAGUGAAAUUUGACCCAGACCGCAUUGUUAUGAGCGGUGGAGCCACCGGAGCUCAUGAGAUGGUUGCUUUUUGCUUGGCUGAUCCCGGUGAAGCUUUUCUGGUUCCCACUCCUUAUUAUCCAGGAUUUGAUCGUGACUUGAGGUGGAGAACAGGGGUUGAACUUGUUCCUGUCGUUUGUGAAAGUUCCAAUAAUUUCAAGAUCACUAGAGCUGCCUUGGAAGCUGCAUAUGAAAAGGCAAAAGAAGCUAACUUGAGAGUCAAGGGUUUGCUCAUAACCAAUCCAUCAAAUCCUUUAGGUACUAUCUUGGAUCGAGACACAUUGAAGGGUAUUGUAAAGUUCAUAAACGAAAAGAACAUACACUUAAUCGGUGAUGAGAUAUAUGCUGCCACAGUUUUCAUGGAACCCGAGUUCGUUAGUAUAUCGGAGAUUAUUGAGGAAGUGGAGUGUAAUCGUGAUCUCAUCCACAUUGUGUAUAGUCUUUCUAAGGACAUGGGGUUCCCUGGUUUCAGAGUCGGCAUAGUAUACUCGUACAACGAUGCAGUGGUGAGCUGUGCUCGGAAAAUGUCUAGCUUUGGACUGGUGUCUUCGCAAACUCAGCAUUUAAUCGCGACGAUGCUGUCCGAUGAUGAUUUUGUGGACAGUUUCAUUGUGGAGAGCAAGGAGCAGUUGUUCAAAAGGCACAAGUAUUUCACUUUGAGUCUUUCUCAAGUCGGUAUCGGUUCGUUGAAGAGCAAUGCUGGAUUGUUCAUAUGGAUGGAUCUUCGUAAGCUCCUAAAAGAGAAGACGUUCGAUGCUGAAAUGGACUUGUGGCGAGUGAUUAUCAAUGAAGUUAAGCUCAAUGUUUCCCCUGGUUCUUCUUUCCAUUGUGACGAGCCGGGUUGGUUCAGGGUUUGCUUUGCUAACAUGGAUGACAAUACCAUGGAAGUUGCUUUGUUGAGAAUAACGACCUUUAUGCAUAAGCACAACGAGGCCAUGGUUCCUCGUAAACUAUGCAGACGAGCCAGCCUUAAACUCAGCUUAUCUCGAAGAAGGGACGAUUUCAUGUCCCAAAACAUGAUGUCUCCUCACUCUCCCAUACCUCAAUCACCCCUUGUCCGUGCCAGGACUUAAGCUGAUCAACAAAGACUUUUGACCACAUUAUACAGUCUUCAAACCUUUUUCUGCUGCAGUCUAUAUGAAACCCCUAUUUGUUCAACAAUUGUAAGUUUUUUGGGUGUUUCCUCACAUGUAAAAGUGAAAUACUGUAAGGAAAGGUCAACAUAUACUAUUGUUGGUUGUUUUUCUUUUCUUUUUUCUUUCUUUAUUUACAACAAUGUACGCGGGAAAAAAGACGUUUGUGAAUUUGUAAGGCUGACCCAUUCAAUAAAGGAUUAUUAUUAUUUCUUGAA